AUGACAUCUUUCAGCCCCGACCCCAAUCUCGGUAUUCGAACGGGGGACGACGGUGCUUUCCGUCUCAAACUGUUCAGCAACACCUCGCAUUGUCUAGGCGACGUAUUAGGUGAAGGUAACGUCAGGAUGCCAUAUCUGAGAACGGGGUAUUGCGAUGAGGGUGCCGAGAAAUGGGCUUGGAAUAUCGCUUUCCCAGGUAGUCUCACCGUACAUAAUCCCUCGAACGCAUUCGCUUUGGAGUCCGUUGAUCCUAUUGGGGAUGAUCAGAACGUACGAUUGACAGAACCUGAUCAGUCCGUUGAGAGACAGAAAUGGAUGAUAGAUGAUCAAGGUAGAAUAUCCGUUGGUGAUCCAACUUCCACGUCAAACCCGAAAUACUGUCUGAGUGCCAUCGAAGGGGUUGACAUUGAUAAAGUUACCAAGGAUUCUAUUCGGUUAUACCCUUGUGCUGGAGGUGAUGAACAGUCUAUGUCAAUUAUCAAACAACGAUGGACCACCGAUUAUAAUACUUAA